AUGAAAACAUGCCACGUCAUCCCUAAUUUGAGUCACUUGUACGAAGCAUUGAAAAGUUCCGACCGUGCCGGAGCAUCCGCCACGGCCAAGAAGGCGGCGUCCGGUGGAGCUACCACCGCGACUAAGGCGGCGAAGAAGGCGCCGAGCAGGCCGCGCAACAACGUGGGGAUACAGAAGGUAGUGCCGGUGUCUUCCGAGCUCGGAAGCUUCCUCGGUGCUUCGGAGGUGUCCCGAACUCACGCUGUGAAGAGAGUGUGGGAGUACAUCAAGCUGCAGAAUCUUCAGAAUCCUAGUAAUAAGAAGGAGAUCUUUUGUGAUGACAAGUUGAAGACUAUUUUUGAUGGGAAAGACAAGGUCGGGUUCACAGAGAUUGCAAGAUUGCUAGCUACCCAUUUUGUAAAAUCAAGCUAGUGAUAUUCACCUUUGUUGGACUGUUGUUGAGAUGAUGAUGAUGAUGAUGGUAACUUGAUUUUUAGUACAUUAAGUAGGUCUUUUUUUGUGCAUGGUUUGUGACCAACCACUAAAGAAACUUGGAUUUUGUAAUUUCAGACAAUUGGGUUCCGACGUGAUGUUCUUUUGUUUCACGUUUGCUAUCUCAUUGUUUAAGAUUAUGCAUAUAUGUGCUUUUUAUUUUCUAA